AAUUACACAAAACUCUGAAGUAGGGUCUAUAACACUGAGACGUCUGUUGAACGAGUUUAAGACAUUUAUAAAGUCUUUUCAAAGGUCUAUGAAAAUAUCAGGAAGACAAAUAACAAAUUUCUCAUUUCAUCGCCCAAUUCUCUCAUUCCAUAAAAAUCUCUACAGGAUGUUUAAUAGACUCUAAAUUUCUAUGCUUAAAAAGCUCUGUAGACAGACGUCUGAUAGAAAUUUUCUAGACUCGUGUGCUAUCUGGAUGGUCAUUGCGUCAUAUUUUUAUUAACGUCUAUGUGUGGUUAAAUUAAGUAGGAAGAGCGUACAAAAACGGAAUCAAGAUACUACAGGAAUAUAAAUACAUUGGCAAUGUAACCAUGGCGAGUUGGUGCAACGUGCGAAAAGACACGUCGCUUCUUUCACAGAAUUCAUCAGUCUUCUUAUAAGGAUAUGAACCUUAUGGUGGUUUUACAUAUGAGAAUCAGUUCCGAUUGCUGAUACUCAAAUAUAUAAUUGAUAUCAUAUUUCUAAUUAUCAGAUAUGAAUAGAUCAAAUAGUGUAAAAUUUGGCACAGUCAGGACAUGCAAUUACGAAAGGACCCACAUUUCCUAUUCGUUACUUGAUGGCUAUUAUGGGUUCUAUUGGAUUGGCUAUUAUCUAUGGAUUUAAAGUAAACGUGAGCGUCGCCAUAGUGGCUAUGGUGAACCAUACGGCUGUUAAAUUAGAAGCACUGAACUUACAUGCAGGGGAUAAUGAUACAAGCAGUUUGCCUAGUGCUGAUGUCUGUCAGCAUGAAAACAAUGGAAUUAAUAUCACAAAAACUGUCGUUGAGGAUGGUCCUUUUGUGUGGAACGAACCUCUUCAAGGUCUCAUCUUAUCAUCCUAUUUUUGGGGAUACUUGAUAUCUCUUCUACCAGGAGGAAGAAUGUCUGAAUUACUUUCAGCAAAAUGGGUCAUGAAUGGCUCAGUACUUUUGAACGUUGUUGCAUCUAUGUUAUCACCUCUUAUGGCAGAAUUGCAUUAUUCACUCUUUAUCAUAAUGCGAUUCUUGCAAGGGAUUGGUGGGGGUGUUACCUUCCCUGCUAUGCAUGUUAUGAUUGCUAAAUGGGCACCUCCAAAUGAAAGAAGUGUUAUAGCUUCUAUUGUUUAUGCAGGCACUGCUCUGGGAACUGUUAUUUCCAUACUCUUAUCAGGUUUACUCGCUGCUACUUUGGGAUGGAUUUGGAUUUUUUACAUCGAAGGUCUUCUGUGCCUAAUCUGGUGUACCGCCUGGUGGCUUAUGAUUGCUGAUUCGCCUGAAGAGCAAAUAAGAUUUAUUACACAGCAGGAGAAAGAUUACAUUUGUAAUUCAUUAGGACAGACUAAGUCGAGUAUUCAUAAACCAAAACCACCAGUCCCAUGGAGACAGCUUUUGACUUCUCCACCGUUUUUAGCAAUAUUAAUUGCUCACUUUUGCAGCAAUUUUGGCUGGUACAUGUUGCUGAUUGAACUGCCAACAUUUAUGAAUCAAAUUUUAAAAUUCGACUUGAACUCAAAUGCUGGACUUUCCUCAACACCGUUCCUUUGCAUGUGGAUUUUUACAAUGAUUCUCAGUAAAUCUCUGACCGUCUUGCAAGACAAAAAUGUAGUAACAAUAACCACCUCAAGGAAAAUAGGAACGUUAAUUGCCUCGGCCGUACCAGCAGUCUGCUUACUCGGUGUAUCCUACGUUGGCUGUAAUCGUGCACUUGCUGUCGUUUUAAUGACUAUCGGAGUCACCUGCAUUGGCGGAAUGUAUUGCGGAUUUUUGGCAAAUCACAUAGACAUUGGGUCAAAUUUUGCCGGGACUUUAGUAGCAAUAACUAAUACUUUUGGCACAAUACCAGGAUUCGUUGUACCAAUUUUCGUUGGACAACUGACCCACGGAAACCAAACCAUCGAAGCUUGGAGAAUAAUAUUUUUUGUGACUAUUGGUCUCUACGUUCUUGAAAUAAUUGUUUACACAAUCUUUGGUUCCGGUGAAGAACAACCAUGGAACAAAGCCAAACCGACAAGUGAAGGGUCGCCUGAACAGACGUUACCUUUAAAAGCAAAUGGAACUAAAUGAUAUUUAUCUAAUUGGCCCUGGUCCAGGUGCACCCGUUAUACGCAUUUCGUGAUUCAUCCUUAGCAAAAAAUUCAAUAUUGAAAUUAUUUGGUUUCAAAAUUAUAUAUAGUUUGAAUAUAAAAAUGAUCUCUAAUAUUUCAUUGACACAAUUAUGCUUAAAAGUAUUGCACAAUAUAUUGUAUCACAGUAUUUCAUGUCUGUUAAUGGCGAUAUGCGGGUUGCUUCAUUUAAAAAUCAUUUACAUUGAAAACACGUUUGUAGUGUUAUCAUUCGGCCUUAAUUAUUUGAAAUGAAUAUUGUUCAUGCUAAGCAAAUAAACUUUCUUUGACGUCUAAUCGAUACUUCAUGCAUACAUUUAUAUUAAACAUGACUGUGCUUUACGCAUUAAGGAAUCGAUACGUAUUUAAGAGAAUUAUUAUCAAUGUUGACGUAGAAGUAGGCAUUUGAAUGUCGCGACUAAAAGUAUUUGAUGUUUUUAAUUAUCAAAAUACAGAAAAGUUGACUGUUAUAUAUCAUUAAAUGUUAAGCGUUGUUAAGAUAUCUGUCAUUAGCUGUUACGGCAUAAAAAUCAUAAAUCUAACAAAUUUCUUCAACCUAAAACUUAUGUCUUGCUUUUCUAAAUUUUUCGACAUGUACCCCUUAAUCCGAGGAACCAGUGAAAGUGCUAUUAUACUAAUCUUUGCCGACAUUAAUAUUUAAUGUUAUUUAUUCUAUUUGUAACAAAACUUGUCUUUCGUUAAUAUCAUUAAAUAGAAAUCAUGACAAAUAUAGUGAGUUUAUAAUAUGA